AUGGUAUUGAAGCAGACCCAGAGAAGAUUUCGACCACUGCAGUGCCGCCCGCCCCUGAUGAGUCCCAAGAAGAGCUUUUACUUGGACAGCGGACCACACCCAAAACUUUUUUUGACACUAAACAAGCUUUGUCAAAGCCACCCAUACUUGCGGGCGUUUGAUCCAGCUCUUCCUACCAUUCUGCAGACAGACGCCUCCAGACUCUAUGGCCUCGGCUAUGUGUUGUUGCAGGACCACGGUGCUGGAAGAUACAAGAUGGUCAAGUGCAAGUUCUAUCUUCGUGGACUUCAGCACUUCAGUUUUAUGACAGAUUACCGUCCAUUGGUUCCCAUUUUGAACCAUUAUUCUCUGGAUGCUAUUGAAAAUCCUCGCCUCCAGCGCAUGAAGGAUAAAAUCGCACCCUACAUUUUUACUGCAAUGUGGCGUGCAGACGCUAUAGACGAGCAAGAGGAUCUCUUCAUGGAAGAAUUGCGUAUGGCUGCAUCUAAGGAUGCCUCAUAUGAAGAAUUGCUUCAUCAUGUAAAGUCAGGAUUCCCCAAUGACCGCUAUAACCUGCCAAGUACCCUGUGUCCGUACUGGAAAAUUCGCAAUGAGUUGUACAAAGAUGGUGACUUGGUGCUGUAUGGACCUAGAGUGGUUGUCCCUGCUUCUUUACGCCGUAGCACCCUCGCUCGCCUGCAUGAUUGCCAAUCCGGUGUGGAAGCUACAAAGCGUCGUGCACAACAGACAGUCUUUUGGCCAGGCAUUAAUGCAGACAUAGUGAAACUGUUCGUGCCUGUGAACCCAUGCCAGCGCCUACAGCCUAGCCAGCAACAGGAGCCGUUGCUGUUAGAAGGGCAAACCCACAAGGGCCAUUCAUGUUUGUAUCAGCUGACUUUUUCAGUGUUGCUGGAAAACACUUUUGGUGUAUGUGACAGAGUUUCUGGAUGGCCUGUUGUCAUCCCGUGUGGAAAAAAAUGCAACAAGUGCUUCAACGAUUAG